AUGCUGGAUCAUCUCCGCUACGACUCACUAGGCUGUAAUGGGAACGAGGUCAGCCCUUCUUGUAUUUCACCUAUCCAUACUCCUAAUCAGAGCGCUCUCCGCAUAACAGCCGUCAAGAUAUCCAACCUUAGCCUGCACGCAUUCCCGCUGCAGCAUGUUCACAGACAACUAGCCGCACGUCUCGGGUCGCCGUUCCCUCAAGGACCUCAUCAAGCCGUGGAGCCCAACCUGUUCCGUCCUCUCAAAAUGAAGGGCGGGUACCACGUCGCGUGCCAGGCGUCGCACGGCGACAGGUUCGCAUCAACGGUGACCAAGCCGUCGCUCAAUGAGUACGGCUUCCUCAAGACGCCCGCAUUCGCGCCGCGGUUCGCCGGCAGGAACAGGGCGGACCCAGAGGACAAAAAAGGAUAUUUAGAAGAGGCUGUAGAGAAGCCGUACUUUUCCAUGUACGGCCGCAGUCAUAUGGGCAAGCCUACGAGUCCGCAAGACAAAACCGGCUACGAGCCCCGCUACAUGCAGCUCAGCCGCGAGCGAUACGGUGCCCACCGCGCCACGCCCAAGAUCUGGGCCGAGGUGAUGGAGACCUACUACAGCGUAAUCUCCCUCUUCAACGACCAGUUCAGGCACGUGGUUGAGCGGACAAGGGCGCUGGGGGCACUGGCACUCGACCGUGACGCCCUUGUUCACCGACCACGUCGAAUAGGGGGCCUCGUGCCGACACUGUUCCCGUUUGCAGGCGUCGGGGAGUAUUCCCCGCACUGCGGCGUCUCGCUCGCAGAUAUUUUGACUUUGGAAGGACGGGAUGCUGAGUCGGGCGGCGUCAAGAAGCACAAGGAGUUUGCCUUCCUCGAGGGCGGGUUCCUGACGAGCGAGGAGCCGCUGCUCGAGUAG